AUGCUCUCCAUCCUCCUCUUCGCACCGGCCGCAGCGCUCGCACUCGAGCUCGAAUCGCCAUCUCUGCUCGACUGGACAAGCCCCGUUACACCUCUGCAGUUGGGCGCCCGAUCGCAUCCGGUCUACGACCCCGGCUUUGCCUUGUUUGACCGAAGCAUAGUCGGGCGGGCUCCCCUGGAUGCCACACCACUGCAGAACAAUGUCCCGAUACCCUUGAAUCUGGCGCCGGGCGCCUCUGCCUGCUAUGUCGUGCAGAAGAGCGUCAUCUUCGGCGGUAGUGGGAGCGCCGGGUCUUCGAGCUCCAGUCGAGAACUAAAGAGGGACGAAGACAUGGAGAGGCGGGCCGACGAUGACAAACCGUCAAGCGACGACAAGAACGAGGGAGGCGGCAGUCCGACAAAGACGCUCUACCUGUCUGCAAAUACCUGCCUUCAACCGUUGUCUUCGCAAGGAGCUUCAGAAGUGCCUCCGCAGCUGCGCAUCUACAUCUCGACUUCGAGCAAGGAUGGAUGUCCGGACCCGACCAAGCCUGCGGCCGGAGUCCAAUCCAAGGCCUUUGAACAAGGCGCCGUCAUGUACGGCCUAAACGCGACGGGAGACGUAUACGUGACCGUUCAAGCCCCCAAUGUCACGGACAAGUUCCAGGGUAUCUAUAACUUUGAGAUUGCGGCAUCGGUUGACGCCUACUAUUACCAGUACAGCUCGCAGGCCGGGCAGCUGUUAUGGAUGGACAGCGAUGCCACGUCUGCCUUGCUCCAGACAGCGAGCUUGACGAAUGAUCGGAGCCAGAUUGCGUCCAUCAUGAAAGGCGCUCCGCAGUACGACCUUUUCGUCCAGGGAACCAAGGCGCCAGUACUCAACGGGCUGAUGCGCUCAGUAUGUGGGAUGAACAACAUUGCCCAGAUAGCAUCUAAGAGAUUGGAUAACGGGGAAAUGAACAACAAUGAAGUGGUCCGGACCAAGAUGACGGACAAGGGCCCGGGAGGGUGGCCCAGGCAGCAGUUUUAUUUCCAGGGACUCAACUCGAGCACCUCAUAUUACGGCAUCCUGGUCAAGCACGGAAACUCAACAACCGGCUCCAAGAGACAAAGCACGGCGGCGAUUGGGGGCGGAGGCAUCGUGUUUCCGCCCACCGAUUUUCAGACUUCGGCAGGAACAAACUGCAACCUCAUCACCGAUCUGGACUUUUGCGAAGACGUGCAGUGGGCGGCUCCCGGAAACAACAAGUACAACAACACGGAGCUGGGCAAUCUCUACGACGCGUAUGCCAAGGCCAUGUACGGCAACUUCCAGAAGGUCAUGAUGCAGAUCCCGUGCGAGGCGCCGUCCACGCAGCGGUAUUCGCUGGCGGCUAACUGCGACAACUGCACGACGGCGUACAAACAGUGGCUCUGCGCCGUCGCCAUUCCCCGGUGCGAGGACUUUUCGACGGAGAGCAACUAUACGAUCCCGCGCAACGCCGCCCAAGCCUUUCCCAACGGCACGUUCCUCCCGGACGCGCUGAGAAACGAGCUCAUGCAGACGCCGGCCUUCAACACGUCCCGCACCAGCUUCAUCGACGAGGUGAUUGCGCCGGGCCCGUACAAGGAGAUUUUGCCCUGCGCGGAUCUCUGCUACGCGGUCGUCCAGGGAUGCCCGGCGGCGAUGGGCUUUGGAUGUCCGCGGUCUGGGAAGCUCGGCUUCAACGUGAGCUAUGCGUUGCGGGACCGCAACGGCGGAGCGGUGUCUUGCAACUACCCGGGAGAGCCCAGAACGCAGGUCAGCGCAUCGGGAGCGACCACGCCCAGCUUGAUGCUCCUCAUCGGAGCCUUGGGCCUAGGCUCGAUGCUGCUGCUCUGA